GAACGGGGCGCUGUCGGCUCUUCGCGCUGAGCUCCCGGCCGCACGGCGGCGUUGUGUAACGCGUUGUCCCCGCGGGUGCUGCAGAGGUUUCCCUGUCGCUCUCUGUACGGCCGCCCAUUACGCGCCCUCACAGUCGGCUCGGAGUUCCGGGCAUCCCGCAGCACUUUUUACAUGGCGGCCACCGUGUCUCCGGUGGGGAAGCGGCUGCGUCUCCUUUUUGAUGAGACGGCCUCCGGGCGGGAGGAAUCUACCGACCCAUCAACACCGCUGGGGAAGCGGGCCUGGCAGGGCGGAACCGUGCGGGGCCUAAAGGGAGCCGUGCCCGAGGAACUGGCGGUGUAUGUGGAGUUUGAUGAAAAAAGCUAUAGACCGCACUCAUGGGUGCAGGUUCAUGGAGAAGAUGUCUUGGUGAUCCUACUGGAAGGGCCAUUAGUUUGGUCACCGAGAAAAGAUCCAAUCCUAAUCCAGGGGGGUGCUGUUUGCCCCACCCACUGGCCGGCUUUAACCUUCACACCUCUGGUGGAUAAACUAGGCUUAGGAUCCCUGGUUCCCAUAGAGUUUCUUUUGGAAGGAGCGAUGCAUUUCCUGCCAGAUGCCAGCAGCUUGCGUCUUUAUCAGCAAAUGGGAGUAGAUAGUCAUAAACUGGUUUUGAAGGAACAGCCGUUAUUGAAGGAUGCGGUGACUACUGUCAUCAACUCAAGAAAAAUCCAGGACAUCAUCCUGAGAGGGAUUUGUAGCAUUCAAGGUCAAGAGGUUAAGGUUUUCACACCAGAAUCAGAAGAAUCCUGGUUUUGUGGCGUUGUGACCCAUCAAGAUCCCAUCAGUCGUAUUAUUAAUGUGACUACAAGUGAGGGCAGUGAGCCAAAGGCGAUUGAUCCUAGAUUGGUACAUGUGGUGCUGACUGAUGAUGCUGCUUUACAGCCCGAGGAAACUAUAGUGAAGGUCAGUAAGACAACAAAAAAGAAGAAAAAAGAAAAUACAGAUGGAAGGGAUAGUCGCAGGAGAAAAAUCACUGCAGAUGCGGAGUGUGACUCGGCCGCAAAAAAGCAAAAAGCAGAAAAGAAGGACGUUGACAGUAACGGAAAUGAUGGCAGCGAAGUGAAUCGGAAAUCAAGUGGCACUGGAGAACAUGCCGUGGAUGCUCGGGCCAAACAGGUGCUACACUUCGUCCCUCAGAUUAAUCGCAAUAUACGCUUUGCGACCUACACCAAAGAAAACGGGCGCACAUUGGUUGUCCAAGACCAGCCUGUCAGUGAUGGAGCAUCUCUAGCUUUUCCGUCUUUCUCUGCAAUGGCCAGCAAGCCCACCGCGGUUCCUGAAGAUGCUGAACCGGGAAGCAAAAAUGUUGCGUUGGGUGAAAACCCUGUUGAGAACAAGAUGUCGAGCGGAGCCGCUGCGGCAAUGGUGAGAAUCUCUGACACAAGCCUAUCCGCUGCAGCAGGAGAGCAGAAGUUCGCUUGGUCUGUUGGAGAGAGUCCAAGAAAACCUCUUCUGUCCCAGAGUGGGUUUGGCAUGUCUCUUUCACAAUCAACUUUUGGAGAAGAUCGCAGCCAGUCCAAUGGCUUACUUCCAGAAAACAAAUCAGUUGGGUUUCCAUUUGGUGCAAGCAGCAUCCAGGAGAAACCAAAAGAGACAGAUGUUUCCAAAAACCUGUUUUUCCAAUGUAUGUCACAGAACGUUCCCCCUAGUAACUACUUCAGUGCUAUUUCAGAGAGCAUUACAGAAGGGUCAUCGAACAGAGACGUGUUGAUGCAAAGCAAGGAGGCUCCUUCUUCCAGCCUAUGUAAACCUAAUGCAAUGCUUCCUGCAGAUAAGGCAAAUACAAAGCUAUCUUUCUCUGAGUCAAUGCCGAAACUUACACCUGCGUUCCCUGGAAAGGUUUUAACUGCCAGGCCCCCUGAAACUCACGAAAAUCUGUUUUUGCAGCCCCCAAAGCUUUCCCGCGAGGAACCUUCAAAUCCUUUCUUGGCUUUUUCAGACAAGAAAGACAGUUCACUGUUUGGUUUUUCAUCCCAUUCGGUUCAAAGUUCCUUAACCAGUACUCUCCCAUUAUCCUCUUGGCAAGAACACAAUAAAGCUGAGGGUACUGGUUCUUUGGCUAAAAACAAGCCUUUGUUUAUUCCGGUGGAAUCUCCAAAAAGGCUACCAAUCAGUUCCGGUACAUCCAUCGGUGAUGCUAUUCAGACUUCUGCCUUUUUGGGAAAUGGACGCUCUAGUUCGCCUGCAAGUAACCUAAAUCAGCCUAUCGAAAUGCCAACAUUAUCAUCAAGUCCAACAGAGGAUAAACCAGCCAUUGGAUCUAACCAAUCAGACAAUCCCUUGUUAAGAACCUUUACUGCCCUGUCAAGUAGACUACAGCCUGGAGUCCCCAGCUCCUCAGAAUACACCAAUGACAAUAAAGCCGCUUUUGAGUCUGUCAAUCGCUUUACUCUGGAUGAGCGAAGUAGAACGUCUAAGCAGGAUUCUGAUUCCAGUACGAACAGUGAUUUAAGUGAUCUGAGUGAUUCUGAGGAGCAGCUGAACUCUAAAACUGGCUACCGAGGAAUCCCAGAACAUCUAGUGGGAAGACUGGGGCAUAAUGGAGAACGUGGUGUAGACUUGUUGUUGGGGAAAGGGAGAGGAAAGCAGGCGACAAAAGGCAGACCGCGGACAGCCCCGUUAAAAGUUGGGCAGUCUAUCCUUAAGGACAUGAGUAAAGUAAGAAAGCUGAAGCAGUCAGGCGAACCAUUCCUUCAAGAUGGAUCGUGUAUCAACGUUGCCCCACAUUUACACAAAUGUCGAGAGUGCCGGCUGGAACGAUACCGCAAAUUCAAAGAGCAAGAACAGGAUGAUUCCACUGUGGCGUGUCGCUUCUUUCACUUCCGCAGGCUGGUGUUCACCAGAAAAGGUGUUCUGCGCGUUGAAGGCUUCCUGAGUCCCCAGCAAAGUGAUCCGGAAGCCAUGCGUCUCUGGGUUCCAUCCUCUGUCCCUGCUGAAGGCAUUGACUUGGAGACUUCAAAGUACAUUCUCGCUAACGUUGGAGAUCAGUUUUGUCAGUUGGUUAUGUCUGAGAAGGAAGCCAUGAUGAUGGUAGAGCCACAACAAAAGGUUGCUUGGAAGAGAGCAGUUAGAGGCGUUAGGGAGAUGUGCGACGUGUGUGAAACGACACUCUUUAACAUUCACUGGGUUUGCCGCAAGUGUGGGUUUGGUGUCUGUCUUGAUUGUUAUCGACUGCGAAAGAGCCGCCCUCGGAGAGAGGAUGAUUCUUGUGAUGAUGAAGUUUUUGCGUGGCUAAAAUGUGCAAAAGGGCAGCCUCAUGAACCGGAGAAUCUUAUGCCAACGCAGAUUAUCCCUGGCACUGCUCUUUACAAUAUUGGUGACAUGGUGCAUGCAGCAAGGGGAAAAUGGGGAAUCAAGGCAAACUGUCCGUGUAUCAGCAGACACAACAAAGCUGUUUUGCGGCCAGCAGUUACUAAUGGAAUUUCCCAGCUCCCAAGUGUAAAUACCCCUGCGUCUACUGCUGAACAGAAUAUUCCGCUUUCUGGCGAAGUCAAUGAAAUGGAGUCUAAACCCGAAGAGACUAUAAAAGCAGAGAUUGUGGAAAAUUUAGCAGACGAGUCUAGAAAACACGAAGCAAAUACCCUGCUCUCUAGCAGCACAGACAGUAAAAGCGCUAAACAGCAGUGCCCAGAAUCCUCUCCUUCGUCUGCCCUACACUGGCUGGCAGACUUGGCUGCUCAAAAGGCAAAAGAAGAAACAAAAGAUGGUGGCUCUCUGAGGUCGGCUCUUAACAAAGAAUCAAAUUCUUCUAUUGGCAUUGACUCGUUUAAUUCGAGCACAAAGGCAGCACAGUCACCCAAACUUUUCAAUAGCCUUCUGCUGGGCCCAGCAGCUUCAAGCACCAAGACAGAGGGUUCUAGUCUCCGAGAUCUCCUUCACUCUGGCCCAGGAAAACUUCCCCAGGGAAACAUGGAAGCAGGGAUCCCAUUUCCUCCGGUCUUCACCAACUCUACAGCGAAGGGAAAAUCCAGUUUGCCGCAUUUCCUGGACCACAUUAUUGCUUCUGUUGUGGAAAAUAAAAAGACUUCAGAUGCUGCUAAAAGAGCUAGCACUUCAUCAGAAGCCCUGAGAGAGGGGAAGGAAAUGGUAAUGGGUUUAAAUGUCCUCGACCAACACACCUCACAUUCCUGGCUCUGUGAUGGAAGAUUGCUUUGUCUCCAUGAUCCUAGCAACAAAAAUAACUGGAAGAUAUUUAGAGAGUGUUGGAAGCAAGGCCAGCCGGUGCUGGUUUCCGGAGUGCAAAAAAAGUUAAAGGCUGAGCUGUGGAAACCUGAAGCGUUUAGCUUAGAGUUUGGAGACCAGGAUGUGGAUCUGGUUAAUUGUCGGAACUGCGCAAUCAUUUCAGAUGUGAAAGUUCGUGAUUUCUGGGAUGGAUUUGAAGUAAUUGAAAAGCGAUUGAGCGCAGAAGAUGGUUCUCCAAUGGUACUUAAAUUAAAGGAUUGGCCUCCAGGGGAAGAUUUUAGGGACAUGAUGCCUACACGGUUUGAGGACUUGAUGGAGAAUCUCCCCCUCCCAGAGUAUACAAAGAGAGAUGGAAGGCUCAAUUUGGCUUCUAGAUUGCCUAGCUAUUUUGUGCGGCCAGAUCUUGGGCCCAAAAUGUAUAAUGCUUAUGGUUUAAUAACUGCCGAAGAUAGACGAGUUGGCACCACAAACCUCCAUCUAGAUGUGUCUGAUGCUGUUAACGUUAUGGUGUAUGUAGGGAUUCCAGUGGGAGAAAAUGCAUAUGAUGAAGAGGUCUUAAAGACAAUUGAGGAGGGAGAUGCAGAUGAAGUAACCAAAAAACGUAUUCAUGAGGGAAAAGAAAAGCCCGGUGCCUUGUGGCAUAUAUAUGCUGCAAAGGAUGCAGAGAAGAUCCGUGAGCUGCUCCGAAAGGUCGGAGAUGAACAAGGCCAGGAAAAUCCACCAGAUCAUGAUCCAAUUCAUGAUCAGAGUUGGUAUUUAGACCAAACGCUGCGAAAACGUCUAUAUGAUGAAUAUGGGGUUCAAGGGUGGGCAAUUGUACAGUUUCUAGGCGAUGCAGUAUUUAUUCCAGCUGGAGCUCCCCAUCAGGUUCACAAUUUGCACAGUUGUAUAAAAGUAGCCGAGGAUUUUGUGUCACCAGAACACGUGAAACACUGCUUCCGCUUAACACAGGAGUUCAGGCAUCUCUCAAACACGCACACAAACCAUGAGGACAAACUACAGGUGAAGAAUAUUAUUUACCAUGCAGUUAAAGAUGCUGUUGGAACCCUGAAAGCUCAUGAAUCUAAAUUGGCAAGGUCCUAGUAAUCAUGGGCUUUAUUUGCUGCAAACAAAGGGUUAACACACAAGCCUUUUUCAUGAAUUGGACUUGUACUAGAAGCAAACCUCCUGAGUGACCACGUGAGACCCUUCAAGCCACGGUUUUCUAUACAGCUUCAUACCAGAAGUACUAUGAAGAUUUUCCACUUAUGCAUUUGAACAAAAGGCACUUUUUCCCCCCCGUGGCCUUUUUGACAUCUGACCGCGCAAGCACUGGGCAAGUGUACUUCAUGUAUGAAUCAGGACUAGAAAUGUAGAAGACCAUGUCUGUUUUGCUUUUUCUGUACUUAGUUUUCCGAAGACUUCUGAGAAAUGAGUUGGAGAUGGACUAACAUAAUGUGUUAGGGGUGGAAAAGGUUGUAGUGCACCCAAACAUCUAAUAUACAGGGAAAGAUUAUUUGCAACACAGAUCAGUUUAAGUUUCCAAAACUGUAAUGACAACAGCAUAGUUCAAUAUGCUCCUUUUAAAUGGCAUGGAGGUUGCAAGAAGUGGCAAGGGACAUUGAUUUUUUCCUUUGGGGUGCAGAUAGUGUAUGAAAUUGUGUAUUUAUUAAAAAAAAAUAGGUUUGUAGUAAAACAGUUACUCUUUCAUGGAAUUAGACAUUUUUAGUACUUUUGGAAUAUCACAGCUGUUUUUUUCCUGCAUUAUAAGAAAGGCACAGUGCAUUUAGUCUUCCUUCCAAAUCAAAUAUCACUAGAUUCAGCCCUAAAACAAGUAUGAGUUAAGUCCCAAAACAGAACAACUGUUUGCUGA